AUGUCUGACUUGGAGUCUCUGGAGAAGCAGGAGGUCAGUCAGAAAACAGAACAUGAGGGCGUCCUCCACAGGCUGCAGAUGGAAAGAAACCUGGAAAAACAGAGUCAGGAGCUGACCUCAGCACACGAGGUGCUGCUCACUUAUGGCAGCACUACAAAAAAGAAGCAUCACUUGGGUCCUCAGUACUCGGGCACCUACGUGCUGGAUUAUGCACAGAGAAAUGUGCUACAUGGCCAAAAUGUCAAAGCCGGUGGUCUGUCGUGUGGGCGGGGCUUCAUGUGUAAGGAUGGUUCCCAGUGUUUGUCUCACACUCACGUGUGUGAUGGAGAAAACGACUGUGAAGACGGUUCAGAUGAACAAGACUGCGCUGUGAUGUGCGGAAAAGAUGAGUUUCAGUGUGCACAUGGGAAGAAGUGUCUUGACAAGAAACAGGUCUGUGACGGAGUGCCGCAGUGUCAGGACCGUUCUGAUGAACUGGCCUGUAUGACUCAAAUAGACGGAUGCGUUCAUCACUGCGACAACAUGAGCCGCUGCUUACCUGCCAACUUACUCUGCGACGGUGAGCAGGACUGUCUGGAUGGCACGGAUGAGGCAAACUGCGAGGAGCAAGAAGUGGAUAAAGAAAAGGAUGAGAAGACCACAUCUGCACCCAGUGCCUCUGUUGGACCACCAGCCCACAAAAACUGCCCGCUGUCCUUGAAACAUUGCAAAAACAACAUUCACUGUGUCCACUACAACCAUUUUUGUGAUGGAGAUGUGGAUUGCCCCGAUGGGUCAGACGAGGAAGACUGUCCGUCACAAUGCGAAGCAGAUCAGUUCCAGUGUGCCUAUGGCAGGAAGUGUAUCAACCAGACCCAGGUGUGUGACGGUGUAAAUCAGUGUCAGGACCGCUCAGACGAACUCCUCUGUGGACCUCCCAUGGAGGACUGCGACCACCAGUGUGACGGAAAGAGCCGCUGCAUUCCUAAUAGCUUUGUGUGUGACGGGGAGGCCGACUGUCUGGACGGCAGCGACGAGGCAAACUGCGCCAAUCAGGAAUGCAGCGCUGCUGAGUUUUUGUGCACCAGUGGCCAGUGUGUCUCAGCCACCAUGCGCUGUGAUGGUCACCCAGACUGCAGAGACCGCUCAGAUGAGAAGGGAUGUGCCAAAGCCCCAGUCUGCACCACCAACCUCUACUGUCCUCAGAGCAUGGAGUGUUUAGUGCAGGAUUGGAAAUGUGAUGGCGACCAGGACUGCAAAGAUGGGACGGAUGAAAAGGACUGUCCUGCAGUUUUGGUGGAUUGUGGAGAGUUCCAGUGGCAGUGCCAGUCAAAGACCAUGUGCAUCCCUACAGCCUGGAGGUGUGAUGGCAUGAAGGACUGCAAUGACGGUAGCGACGAGACCAAAUGUGGAGCACAAACAUGCCUCCCUCACCAGUUCCAGUGUGGCAGUCAGGAGUGUUUGGAUCCAGUCCUGUUGUGUAACGGCAAUGCUGAGUGUGCAGAUGGUUCUGAUGAAGGUGGGAACUGCCAGCUGACGUGCACGCAGGAGGAGAUCAGCCGCUGUGCUCAGAGCUGCUACAGCACACCACAGGGAACGCAUUGUGGCUGCUCACCAGGCUUCAUGCUGAUGGACGACGGGCUGGGCUGUGCCGACAUUGACGAGUGUGAAUCUCGGAGCUCGGUGUGCAGUCAGCUGUGCGUGAACACUCAUGGCUCCUACCAGUGUCAGUGCCACCCGGGUUACAUCAUGGAGGCAGACGGGUACCGCUGCAAGAUCACUGGUGAACCCUUCCUGUUGACCUCCCUCCAGACUGACCUCUUCAUGUUGGGCCUGCGCAGUGGCAGCUUAGAAGUGUUGUCUUCCUCCACCAAUAAAGCAAUCCUCUCUCUGGACUAUGACUGGAAAGAACAGAAGGUCAUCUGGGCCAACCUGGAAACAAAGACAAUCAGGUGGUCCUCCAUAAACCAGAAGAAAACAGGAACUCUAUUGACAGAUGUCAGAGCUGAUUCUGUUGCUGUGGACUGGCUUGGGAGGAACCUCUACUGGAUUGAUGGGGUCAACAGCCAGAUUGUUGCUGCCCGACUGGCCACACGUUCAGUUAAAUCUCAGGGUCACAGCAUAAUCCUGGAUGAAGACUUGGACCAGCCCCGUUCAUUGGCACUGUUGCCACAGAAAGGGUUAAUGUUCUGGACAGAAAUUGGUAAUGAAGUAAAGAUUGAACGGGCCGGGAUGGACGGCUCAGAGAGGACUGCUAUAGUGAACUCCAGUCUGGGCUGGCCAGGGGGCGUGGCUGUAGACAUCCUGGAUGACCGUGUGUACUGGACAGAUGAGAGACUGCAGGCAAUCGGCUCUGCCACACUGGAUGGGGAAGACAUUCGGAUCCUCAAGAUGAAGGCCAUAGCCAACCCAUUCUCCCUGGUGGUGUUCAAUGACUUGAUCUACUGGUCUGACACAGAGAAACGGCUGGUGCAGGCUGCUCACAAAAUCACCGGCAAGAACCGUCUGGUCCUCCUGAAGAGACCAAGACAACCUUUUGGUGUGAGGAUAAUGCAUCCAUUACUACAAAUGGGCACCAACAAUCCCUGUCAAGAGAAGGACUGUUCACACCUGUGUGUGCUGGCUCCAGGACCCAAAGCUGUCUGUAAAUGUCCCUCUGGUCUCCUGCUGGCUGAAGAUGGCCUGACCUGCUCCAGCCUGGUCAACUCUGCAUUCCUGCUGAUUCUGUCUCCUUUCACAGUCACCCAGAUCUACCUGCAGUCCCGGCACACAGCAGUGGAGCUGAACGACUGGCCAGAACACCUGGCUCUGCAGGUGCCCAACAUCAACGAGGCAGCCAUUAUGGACUACAGCCUACGUGACCACACCCUCUUGUUGACAGAUGAUGCUACAUCAUCACUGAGCUCCUUCAAGCUGAAGGACAAACUUCUUGUCCCCCAUAGUCAGCUUUUAAAAGUCCUGGGUGACUCUAUCACUGCCAUGGCUCUAGACUGGAUAACGCUCAACUUCUACUGGAGCAGCAGCAAGCAGCCCCGCCUGGAGGUCACAUCCAUCACAGCAAAGUACACCGCAGUCAUCAUCAAAGACAGCAUUGAUAGACUGGAGUCUGUUGCACUCCACCCACCCAGUGGGAGAGUUUGCUUCACUAACUUGGGUCUGCAGGGUGCAGAUACUUCAGCAGCUGUAGAGUGUGCCCACAUGGACGGCGCUGAACGCAGUGUAGUGUGGAAGGAUGCUGUCCAGCCCACGUCUCUGGUCUUCUCAAACAAUGGGGAUACAAUCUACUGGGCUGAUACUGGGUCCGGGGUGAUCGGCUCCAUUCUUCUGGAUGGAUCUGGCUUCAAAGAGCUGAAGACAUCCAACGGUCUCACUGCUGUGGCUCUGAGUGACGACACAUUGUUUUGGAUGACAGUUGGAGACAAAGCCAGACUCUGGUACAGAGAUGAGCAGCAACAGAACAAGCUGUGGUUUCAGGUCAAUACAAAAGUGGUCAGCCUUAAAGUGUUCAGCAAAUCCAGGCAGACGGGUACAAACAAGUGUGCCGUGAACAACGGCAACUGCCAGCACUUGUGUCUCGCCACCCCGGGAGGUCGAACAUGCAAGUGUGGUUACGACCAGAAUGCCAUUAACUGCACUGCGGGGCAGCACUGCCCAGCUGGCAGCAGCCAGUGUCUGGAUCAGCUGCCAUGUCAGCCUGAGAAGUUCUGUAACAUCCAUACCGACUGUCUGGACCACUCGGACAAGAACUGUGUCAGUGUGAAACAGGUAUCAGGAUCUGAAAUGCAGGUUUCCACCCAGCCACAUAGAUUCUCUUCGCCUCCCCCCUCACUGGCCCCUCCUACACCUGAACCCACCACCCUGAAUGCCAGCAGUCAUCUUAGAAACCUGGAUGCCCAGCAGUGCAGCCAGCGGCGCUGUAGCAGCAACGGCCACUGCGUGGAGGUUGACGGGGAGGUGGCAUGUGACUGCACGUCGGGUUACAGUGGCGAUUCCUGUCAGGAGCCCCUAAUGAAGUCCAUGCAGGCUUCAAUCAUCUAUGGCGCAGCUGGUCUCUGUGCAGCAGUGGUGCUCAUCACUGUGCUGGCAGUGGUGGUGAAGAGGAGGAACCCCAGGAGCAGGUUAUCAGUCCAUGUGGUAUUGUUGCAUACACCACUUCAGAAUCUGCCCCCUGAUGGCAACAACUGGAAUUAA